GAUGAAUAUAUCCGCCACUGAGAAAGUAGUUCAAAAUGUCAGCCUCCAUGUGCUGACAAGAAGUAGAACACAUUUAUGAUUUGAACUUAUAUUUAAUUCAUUAACUACGCCCAUAGAGAACAUAGGUGAAACAGUAUAAAAUGGCUAAACGUAUUGCUGAAAGGGAACUAACGGACAGGAACUGGGACCAGGAGGAUGAGGUUGAAGAGGCUGGAACUUUUUCUGUAGCGUCGAAAUCAGAAUUACAGAGGCGACAGAUAAAAACAGCAAAAAGAAGUCGACCUUCUGCGGGUCCUGGUGCUGGAGGUUCAACCUUUGGUGGUUUUAGUGGGUUUUCUUUCAAGCCCACACAGACAAGCACACCUUUUAGUAUUAAUACCAAGUCCUUUACAAAUGGCAAGACAGAGAACCCAGGGCAAGAGACCGUGACAAAGGUGAAUGGAGAGCCAGAAAAAAUGACAGAGAAGAAAGACUCGAUCAAUGAUAUGGGAAAGGAAGACAACAACAAAUACAUUUCUAAUCUCAGGAGUCUCAAUGAAAGUGUUCUGGCCUGGAUUAAACAACAUGUGGAGAAGAAUCCUUACUGCAUCCUGACUCCAAUUUUUACAGAUUAUGAGAAACAUCUGAAGAAUAUUGAAAAUGACAAGUUAAACUCUAGCAGAACAAGGAGCCCAGUUAAAGACAAUGUAGACAAAAAUUCAGCCCCAGUGAAAAAAGAUAGCCAGCCCAGUUUGUCUGCCAUGUUUAAGGCAGCAGCAGGGACGUGGACCUGUGACACAUGUUUGAUUCAGAACAAAGCAGACGUCAGUAAAUGUGUGGCCUGUCAGACUACCAAACCGGGGGGAGGCUCCUCCUCAUCUGCUGUUAGCAGUCCAGCCCCAGCAAAAAAAGAUAGCCAGCCCAGUUUGUCUGCCAUGUUUAAGGCAGCAGCAGGGACGUGGACCUGUGACACAUGUUUGAUUCAGAACAAAGCAGACGUCAGUAAAUGUGUGGCCUGUCAGACUACCAAACCGGGGGGAGGCUCCUCACCCCCUAAAACAAAUAGUGGAGGGAUACCAAACUUUGGAAGCAAAAGUGGUACAGCAUCCUCAGGGUUUAAAUUCACUACUGGUACAAGUGAUGGGGGUGUAAACCCUUCAGGAUUCAAGUUUGGAACAGAUCAAGGAAACUCUUCAACAUCUGAAUUCAAAUUUGAAGCCAGUAAAACAACUAACAGCUCCAUCACAACUGGGUUCACAUUUGGAAAAAAUGAACCCAAGUCAAACACAGCAGGAUUUGCAUUUGGAAAAAGUGAAGACAAGCUUCCAGCACCAGGAUUUGCCUUUGGAAAAAGUGAAGAUAAACCAGCAAAUACUGGAUUCCUUUUUGGAAAAAACGAAGACAAAUCCAAUACAUCUGGAGUUGGAAAAAGUGAAGACAAGUCUAAAACAUCUGGAUUCACAUUUGGAAAAAGUGGAGACAAGUCUGCAACGCCAGGAUUCACAUUUGGAAAAAGUGGAGACAAAUCUGCAACACCAGGAUUCUCAUUUGGAAAAAGUGAAGACAAGUCUGCAACACCAGGAUUCACAUUUGGAAAAAGUGAAGACAAGUCUGCAACACCAGGAUUCACGUUUGGAAAAAGUGGAACAACUGACACCUCAUCGGGAUUUAAAUUUGGAUCAGGAAAUGAACCCAGUUCAGUAUCUCCAGGAUUCUCAUUUGGAACCAAUAAUGAAACGAGUAGUGCUCCAAAACCAGAUUUCAGUUUUGGGUCAGGAAAUGGUAUUAACACAGCAGAUGGCACCAAAGGAUUCUCAUUCGCACCUACCACCACAACAUCUAGUUCCUCUUCAUUUGGUCCAGGGUUUUUUAGUAGGCCAACAGUUCAAGCAGAUGCAACUGGUGCUAGCACACAAGAUGAGGAAGAAUAUGAACCACCAAAAGUAGAGAGCACGGAAAUAAGAGAAGAGGGGUCUUUGUACUCUGUCAAAUGCAAAUUGUUUUACCAAAGAGAUGGAAAGUGGACAGAAAAAGGGGUAGGAUUUCUGCAUCUGAAGAAAGCUGAUGCCAAACUACAGCUGGUGGUACGAGCUGACACUACUUUAGGUAAUAUUCUGUUGAACAUCAUACUGUCACCAGCAAUUCCACUGAAAAGACAAGGAACAAACAAUGUAAAUUUGAUCUGUGUUCCCAAUCCCAAAAUUAACAAGAAGGAUGAGGAUAACAUGCCCGUUCCAAUGUUGCUGGACUGCAUUGAUGUGUGUGGUAAAAAUCUAUACAUUGGAACUAGUGAUUGUUUUGUUGUGCACUACACAAUCGAAGAAAGAACUCAAAUAUCAGGAAAAGUCAGCUUUCACUGUGAUAAAAUAGGGCAUAAAUACCUGGCCAUUAAAAAACCAAUUGUUCAAAUAAAGUCUGCCUCUGCCUUAAACCGAAUCAUGGUGCUUUGUGACAAUACUAUAUCCAUGCUGAACAUGUUAGAUCUAGAGCCAGUAAUGGGAGGAGCUAAAAUCAAGGGAGUGAACUGCUUCUGUUUUAAUGAGAACCCACACAAUAGCAGCCCAUUCAGUGUUGAGAUAUGUGUGGCUCUACGUAAAAAACAGCUCCAAUUUUACACAGUAACAGAGGAUCGAUUCAUUCACAUCAAAGAUGUAUCUCUAUCAGAGCAUGCCGUGGACAUGAGUUUAGACAGCCCAUUUGUUUGUGUUGCCAUGGCGUCGCAAUACAGUAUGAUCGAUACAGAAACAGGAUAUGAACAGAGUUUGUUCCCUUAUGACAGUGAAAACAGCAAACCUCUCAUCAAAAGAGUUGGAAAGGAAGAAUUUCUGCUGGGCGGGCCCAGUUCCUUAGGAAUGUUUGUGACGUCAGAUGGUAUUUCCCAGAGGCCUCCACUCCAAUGGUCUGACAACCUCAUCAGUAUUAGUUACCUCCAUCCAUACAUUAUCGCAAUGAAUGACGAAUUCAUAACAGUUCAUAGCAUUCUUGAUCAACAACAAAAACAAACCAUACCAUUCCAGGGUGGAGUGUACCUAGAAAACUUUGAAGGGAAAGUCUUCAUAGCAUCAGGCAGAGAAAUCUACUCACUGGUCCCGGUGGCCUGGGAAAAACAAGUGCAAGCUCUCUUGGUAGACAAAAGAGUGACAGAGGCUCUAGACUUGGCUAAAAAUGCUAAUAAAAGUGGACUCAGCAGAGAUAAAAUUAACAAGAUUUACAAGCGAUUCCAGCAGCAGGCAGCUUUCAUUGAAUUUUCUCAACAGAAAUUUGAAGAGGCAUUAGAAUUAUUCAAAUGUGGAGAGACAGAUGUUCGAGAGGUUAUAUGCCUUUAUCCAAAAUUCUUGCCCUCCAAUAGCAGUUUUACCCGUUCUGCUCCCCCUCUACACGAGAUUGCCGACAUUAAUCAGCUGUGUCGUGGGAAUGAAAAUUUAGUCAAACAAUAUAAGGACUUCCUGUGUUCAUACUUAGAGGACAUCAAAGGAACAAAACUAGCUGUCGGGUUUAAACAGGAAAUCGAUGUGGCAUUAUUAAAACUGUAUGCGGAGUUAAACUCUGAAGGUCUAAUUCCAUUAAUAACCAAUGACUCGGGAUGUGAUUUAAAUGACUGUGUGGAGUGGCUGGAAAAAUAUGAAUGUUUUCAUGCACUGGGAUUAUUGUACAGACUUCACAGUGACCACGAUAAAGCGCUCAGUUUGUGGCAAAGAUUAGUUAAUGGAGACAUUAAAGAUGAAUCCUUCCCAGGUUUACCAUUUUUUAUAGAAUAUUUAUCUAAUUUAAAUGACCAUGAAUUGGUGUGGAAGUAUGUUGACUGGGUGUUGACUAAAGAUCCAGAGGCUGGUGUGCAGAUUUUUACCAAUCGUCCCACCUGUGAACCACCCUCAGAGAGAAUGCGACCAGACACCAUCAUUGAUUAUUUACACCGAUUUCCUGAAGCUGUGAUAUCAUAUCUUGAAUACCUCAUAUUUCAAAAAAAGUUGGAGAAAGAGAAGUAUCAUACCCAUUUAGCUGUUUUGUAUUUAGACUCUGUGUUACAAUUAAUGAAGGACGCUAAUGCCAAAAAGGAACACAUAGACAUUGCCAGAUCCAAGCUUCGACAUAUGCUACAGAUGUCCAGCCUUUAUCGAAUUCAGCUUAUUUUAGGGAAAGCAAAAGAAACAAAUAUGCAUGCUGAAUGUGCAAUUCUGUAUGGCAAGUUAGAGGAGCAUGAUAAGGCCUUACGGAUUCUUGUGCACAAGCUCAAGGACUAUGGAGCUGCUGAGAAUUAUUGCAUGGUAAACUCAAGUGGCAAGGAUCCGAUGACGCGGAAAAGACUGUUCCACGCUCUUCUCAAUGUUUAUCUGGAUCCGACUUACGAACAAAAAGACCAGCUGAUUAGGCCUGCUGUGGAGCUGUUGAAUAAUAAUGUGGCAGACUUUGACACUGUCAAGGUUCUUCAAUCAUUACCAGACCAUUGGUCAGUCCAUAUCGUUUCCCAGUUCCUGUCUCGCGCUGUCCGGAAAAGCAUGAACUUAAGUCGGAACACUCGCAUAGAGAGGAUGAUGUCGAGGGGGGAGAAUUUACGUGUGAAACAGACGAGCAUAGCACUCCAGCGCGAGUAUGUGACAAUGAAUGAUGAUAGGAUGUGUGCUGUGUGCAACCGAGCCUUCAACGAUGCUUCUUUUGUGCGAUAUCCAAAUGGAGUUGUGACUCACGUCCACUGUGCAAAAAACAGACAUGUCUGCCCUGUGACUGGGAAACUAUUCAGUACGAAACAAUCUUGAUGAAAUUGCAUCAGAAAUAGAAUAUAAUAUAUCUGUGUAAGCUGCAUACAUUAUUGUUCCUGGUUCAAAAGAAUUAAAAUGCCUCGGUCUCCAAAGUAUUAAAGAAUACAAACCAAACAGCAUGAUGCGGGAUGCAGUACAUUGCAUUGAUGAUGUAUGAAAAAUUAUUGAUUAAUUGCAUAGAUUUAGAUUUUAUUUUAAUUCAGCAAUGAUUUAUUCAUUUUUUUUAAAAUCAUUUUAUAGACUAGAUAUAUAUAUACAAUAGUAAUUGUUCUUAAUAUAUAUAUAUAUAUAUAUAUAUAUAUAUAAAUGGGAUCUCCCAUGGUUUGAUAUGAUUUAUAUUCAACAAGUUGUGUGUUUUCUAUCCCCUAGCCUUGGCGAGGGGAUAGAAAACAGAGUUCGAUAUAAAUCCUAGCAAACCACAGACCAUGGGAAAUUCUUUUUAUCACAUGUUAACCCCUCCCUCGGUUAUUCAUUUUAUGUUGCUGCAUUGUUGGGAAUUUCACUUCUGAUAUUUUGUAAACAAACUACGUAAAAUUUACGUUUGUGACGUCACAAACGGCGUAGGAAAACAUAGCGUAUACUAAUAAUUAAAAUUUAUGUAAUGGGUGAUAUCCAAUGGAUAAAGAAGUAAACAUGUGAUAUAUAUGUAUAUAUGUGGUCAUGUGUUUUCAUGAAGUUACAGUUUGCUUGGUACAUGUAUAGGGCACUCAUAAAGAGGAUUGUCAUGUCAAUCUCAUUUAACCAUUUGUAUGAGUGUACAUGUUUGGGUAGUUCACAAAGGAGGAAUGCUCACUGAAUUUCACGUCUUAUAACACUUUCUCUGAACAAACGGAAAAACAAGUUAUGACGAUUUGUUAUCUUUCAAUGAAAUGGGAUUGAAAAUUACUUAGGAUUCUUGACAAAUAUAUUUAAAAUUUCCUCUGACAGCUUGUCAAAAUAAUGUACACUAGGUUUCCUUUUCCCCGCCCUCUCCCCUCUCUAAUGUCAUCGAUAUCUGUAUCUGAAAGAGUAUGAAUGAGUGCUAAGUUGAUCCAUUGAUGUAAAAUAGGACACUUGUGAAAUAUGGCAGGCACUUUAGAAAGUAUACUGUCAAAAAUGAAAAUUACAUAAUAUAGGUUGUUUACAUUUAUUUGAGUAUAAUUAUGUCACAUUACUGUUAUUUUAUUUAAAUAAAUAAUUUGAAAAUUAA